CGCCUGGAAGCUAUAUGGAAGAAAAGAGAUGCUCUCAAGGAUGCGACCAAUACCAUCUUGGUCCAAGACGACAGCCGAGGGGCGGAUGAGGGUCCUUCUAAAAAAAGAAGGAUCGAUGUGGAAAUAGGUGAGACCUCGUUAGAGAGGCAGCAGGAGUUGCCACACUCCAUAACACGUUCUGAAGUUUACAAGAGAGCAAAUAUUCAGAACAUUAAGAGCGAUGAAAUCCUCUCUCUUCCCGGCGAGCCAUUGCCGGAACGUCUUCAAAAUUAUUUGGCAAAAAAGAGAAAACCAAAUAAAAAUUUAAAGGAAGAAGACAUUCAGAAUAGAGCCCUUAUUUCUAGUAAAGUUCGCACUGUGCUAGAAAUCAAGCGACGGAAAUGUAUGUCCAGCCUAACUGAUGAGGAUAAAGGCCAGUUGUUGGACUAUAUAUAUGCUAUGGUCCAACAGCAGCCUUUAC